AAUUCUUCCGACUCGAGGACCAAUCGAGUAGCCAGCAGAUGUUCCAAUUGUUCCGUGUUCCAGCGCAGAAGGAGGAGGAGCUUCUGGUAGUAAACACAAUCUUCCUUGUGUUACACGAAAUAAUGGCGGGAAUAUGUUUUACAGCUGCCCUUCCGAUUGGUUUAAAAUGAUCUCAAUCCGAUCCUGGAACCACGUUCACUUACUCUACACCUCAACCAUGUCUGGCCGUGGCAAAGGAGGCAAAGUCAAGGGAAAGUCAAAGACCCGUUCCAGCAGAGCCGGACUUCAAUUCCCCGUCGGUCGUAUCCACCGAAUGCUCCGCAAAGGAUCGUACGCUGAGCGCGUCGGUGCCGGUGCCCCCGUCUACUUGGCUGCCGUCAUGGAGUACUUGGCCGCUGAGGUCCUCGAGUUGGCCGGUAACGCCGCCCGUGACAACAAGAAGACCCGCAUCAUCCCUCGUCACUUGCAAUUGGCCAUCCGCAACGACGAAGAGUUGAACAAACUUCUCUCCGGUGUCACCAUCGCUCAGGGUGGUGUUUUGCCCAACAUCCAGGCUGUUCUCUUGCCCAAGAAGACCGACAAACCCGCCAAGGCUUAAACUUCUCCCGUCCUUAAAUAAACGGCCCUUUUCAGGGCCACCAAUUUAUUUUUGAAAAAAAGAAUUUGCUUAGUGCUACAUUUCGUACAUUUCAAUCUGGUUUUGGCAAUUAUUACUUGCGCAAAUUUUCUGAUUUAUCGCAAGGUGGCACUCUUGAAUUGUUUUAAUUCAACUUAAUUCGUCUGCUGGUAUUUCGUUUGUCCAACUGUGAGAGAAAAACAUUUCUCAUGAUAUUUCGAUGAAAUGGAUGUAUUUUACAUGUUAUUUUCGUAUAAAUUCAUUUGUUUCUUUUCUGUUC